AUGCGCCCCCUCCUCUUUCCAGUCCUCACUGCCAUCUACACAAAGUAUUGUGUUGCUGGCAUUCUCAGCAUUGUCGAUGUUGGUAGCCAGUGCAUGAUAUGGUCGAAUAACAACCAUGGCUGCACGGGACAUUCAAUACCGUUUAGUGUACCAAAGGGAGAGGAUUGCUCAAAAUUGGGCGGAAAAGCCAUUAGCAACGGUCACGACCUUCCCAUAGUAUCGGUUGAAGCAUGCACUACGGAAAAGGGCCUUCUAGCGGUAUGGAUUUUAUUAGAGAAGACUGGACGGGCCACUUUCUUUAACAAGCAAGGAAACAUUUCGGCCUGUACUCUUAGCGAUGGACUCAAAGUUGGAAGCAUGUGUGAUACUGUGGAUCUAGAAGUCCUC